AGCGGCUCGGGGCGCACCGGAGCCAGCGGAGCUCACGGAGCCGCCGCCGCCGCCCCGAGCCCCCCCCGCCGCCGCCGCCCUGCUCCCCCCCGCCGGCACCAUUCCCUCCCCCGGGCGCCAGCGCGCCCCGGCCGGGCGGCGGCUCAGCCUGGGCCGCAAAACUUUGCUGGCGGCCGCGGCGGGGGUGGUGAUGGUGCUGGUGCUGGUGGUGCUCAUCCCGGUGCUGGUGAGCUCCGCCGGGGCCGACGGCCGCUACGAGAUGCUGGGCACCUGCCGGAUGGUCUGCGAGCCCUACGGCCCCGCCGCCCCCCCGCAACCCGCCGAGCGCGGCCCCCUCCCGCCGCCCUCCACGCUGGUGCAAGGUCCGCAAGGAAAACCGGGCAGACCGGGCAAACCGGGACCGCCGGGACCGCCCGGAGAACCGGGGCCGCCGGGGCCGGUGGGGGCGCGGGGGGAAGCGGGAAGACCGGGACCGCCGGGAUUGCCGGGGCCGGGGGCUACGGGCGCGGUGAGCGCGGCCACCUACAGCACCGUGCCCAGGGUCGCCUUCUACGCCGGGCUCAAGAACCCCCACGAAGGCUACGAGGUGCUCAAGUUCGACGACGUGGUCACCAACCUGGGCAACAGCUACGACGGCGCCUCGGGCAAGUUCACCUGCGCCAUCCCCGGCACCUACUUCUUCACCUACCACGUCCUCAUGCGCGGCGGCGACGGCACCAGCAUGUGGGCAGACCUCUGCAAGAACGGGCAGGUGCUCUUUUCCCAUGCCAUGGUCCCCCCUUCCCCCCUCCCCCACCCCCCCGGCCACGACUCGAGGGACAAGACGUGGCAGUGACCCCCGAGCUGUCACCAGGGCUCCAUUCCCUGGAUGUCACCGCAGCCCGGCGUCCUCGCCGGGAUCCAUCCCGUCCCACCCCGCUCCCGCUUCCCAUCGCCUCCCCCCGCAUCACCCCCUGCGGUGCAUCCUUGUCCCGAGCAUCUGGGCCCCCGAAUUAACCCAAAACUGAGUUUUCACCCCAAAAAGCACCCCGGGGGGUGGGGGCAGGCAGGCGCCUUGUCACAGCCACUGAGCUUCACCCCUCGGCUCCGAGCCCUUCCGAGCGGGAGCAGGAGCUGCUCAGCAGCUUUUCUCCAUCCAAACAGCUCAAAUUUCCUUCUAUCGGGAUUUUUUUUCUCUUCUCUCACCCUCCAGCCCCAAAUUUUAGGGUGUCCCAGCGCCGCUUGGCACUGCUGGCUCUUCCUGCCAGGCAGCAUCCGUGUAACUCAGGACUGAGCACCCCAAAAGCUCACCUCGACCCUUUUACCUCCCCCCAGAACAUAUUGGGGGGCCACCCCAAACCUCCGCAGCCCCCCAGCUCUGGGGGGUACCGAUGUUCUCGGAUAAAUGUCCGGGAGCUGUGGAGCCCCUGGUCGAGAGGAGCUGCGCUCGGGCGGGUGAUGCAGCUUAAUUAACCGCUUGGUAAUCACUGACAGGGCAUCGCCGUGCCGAUAUCUGUGGCAAAGUUCCCCCAAAAAAUGCCCCGAAUAAUUUAAAAAAUGGGGUUAAUUAGGGGUUUGUUGCCAAAACAUCCCUGUCCCCGGCAGGCUGGGGGGAGCCUGGCGGAUGAGCGUUGAUCCAGCACCUUUGGGGGAAUCAGGACUUGGGGGGCCCCCUCUGACCCCCAAAUUUCCUCUGGAUGCUGCCGGUUUGGGGGCAGCCCAUCACCCUGGUGCCAGGGCUGGAGUUAAUGAGAGCCAGGGGAGCUGCUGCUGGUGGUUAAUUAGCAUUAAUUAUUAUUUGUAUUAGCCCGUAGCUGAGGCGAAGGGGCAGCGGGAGGAAGGACGUGGAUGGACUGACAGAUGGAUGGAUAGGGGGGUGACACCGGGUGGCUUUGGGGUCCCCAUGGUCCCCGUGAUGGGGUGAGGGCCGCCCAUGGCUCAGGGAGGGUCACAGCCCCGGGGGACCCCAGUGGGGACAGUCCCCAAGGGCACACAGGACAAUCUGGGGGCAGCCACUGCCCUGCCUGGGGGGCCAGGGGGGCACCCACUGCUGCACCCAAGGGUCCUGAGGGGCACCCGCUGCCCUGCCCAGAGGGUCUGGAGGGGGAGCACCCACUGCUGCUCUCAGGGGUGCUGGGAGGGCACCCACCACUGUGUCUGGGGGUCCUGGAGGGCCCUCAGGACCGUGCCUGGGGACCCUGGGGAGCAGCUGCCACUGAACUUGGGGCCCUGGGGGGGCACCUGCUGCCACACCUUGGGGGUCCUGGGCCAUGGUGGCCACGGCUCGUGGGGCACACGGCGUGCCCCAGGCCCCAAGUGUCACUGGGAGUGGCUCGGCCUAGACAUGGGAGCGCCCCACUGCCCCCCCAUCGCCCCCUGAAAACCCUUGGGUACAGCCCACCCCCUCGGGGACCACCCCAGAGUGUCCCCAGGGCCGGGGACACCCCCAGUGCUGUCACUGGGGUGAGGAGGAGCGGGCACAGCACAGUCGGGGCCGGGGCUGUGUCACCCCUGUGGCUCCCACCCCGUGGCACAGCCACGGGGAAACUGAGGCACGGAGCAGGACGAGGGGGGUGAGGCCAUCGGGGGCGGGGGGAUGGCAACCCCCCCUCCUGUGCCAACGCGGUGCCGGGAGCGGCUCAGCCCGGGCCCAGCGCUGCCAUUUAUCUUGCCUGGUUAGGGAAGGGCUGGCAGGCGAGCGGUGACGGGGCGGCUCCUUAACGAGGGAAGACGGAUGGCACCGGGCGGCUCCGGCUGCCACGGGCGGGGGGGACCGUGGCAAGAACCCGGCACCAAACCCGGCUUUUCCUGGUUCCCCUGCUUCUUCCCCCUCUCCUCUUCCCUGGGAGAGGCAGAGUCCCCUGGAGAUUGCGGUGCUGUGACCGACGGAGAUUCCCCGGGGAUGGGGACACUCGUGGUGGCGGGGCAGACACAGGGUGACAGUCCCGGUGGUGGCACGAGGCUGGGUGGGGUGAGAGCAAACCCUGUGGGAUCCCCAGCCGGGCCAUCAGUAGGUUCCAGAGUUAACAGCAUCUGACCACCCCAGCGCUGCCCGAGGGCUCGGGGAGGUGCGGCUGCAUCCCCGAGGAGCAGCAGACCCCGGUACCCCCGUCCUUGGGGGGGGGGCAAAGGACAGGACUCCGUGGGCACAGCCCUCCCGUUCCCGCUGCUCCCGGAACCCGGUGCCUGCCUGCCCGCCCGGCGCGAGCCAAUUAAGAGCCGAUUCUGGUCGGUCGUAAUUAGCGGCACCUUCUCCCGGCGCAGCGCUUCUGCAUUUCGCUGGGGAUUUCACCAGCCGCCUUGUCACUGUCACCCAGCGCCGCGAUCUCCCCGCGAGGCGCCGGCGGAGAUUUGAUUACCCAAAGAAUUCUGCAGCGGCAGCGGGUCCAGCCGCGGAGCCGCUUCCCCAGGCGGUGACGGCUCCUCCGGCUCUGCCGGCACAUCCCGGCACCUCCCGGCUCCCAGGAAAG